AAUAGACAUGCUUAUGAUCCUAUCAAUCUGCCUAAUUUCACUUAGUCUUCCAAUAGGACUUUGUGAAAUUACAAAUUCUGCGAUGUCUAUAGCUGGAAUGAAAGAGCUUGUGGACUUGGAGGGUUUUUUCAUCAGCGAGAUGGAGAGCUAUACUGCAGCCCUAAAGAAUAAAAUCGAUAUGAUGGAGAGUUUGCUGCAAGAAGUGCAAUCCAAACGAGAGAUUUCCCGGAGGAACCCAGAAGAGUUCGUUUCUCAUCCUCUCAACGCAUUUUCCCUCAUUCGACGGCUGCACGAGGAUUGGACCCAAGCCGAGCUAUUGAUGUUGAAUGAAGUUGGCUUGGAACACCUUCAAGCUAUUGAAAUUGGCUUGGACGAAGCCCAUUCAACCGAUAAUGAUCUUGAUGAUGCCAUCGCUGGAAUCAUCGCACUGCAACAAUUCUACAAUCUACAGCCAAGUGACAUAGCAAAUGGAUUACUAAUGGGAAAGCAAUACAAUAGUAGCUUGACCACACUUAACUGUCAGGCUUUGGCCAACGCGUGUAUGAAUUUUAAUUACGAUAAAUAUGCUUUGAAUUGGUUUAAAGCUGCUGUAGAACACUACAAUGACGAUCGAGAUGGGCAAGUCUACAGGGAAGUAUUUGAUUUUAGGCUGCCUGAUUUAUACAUAAAUUACACCUCAGCUUUGGUAACUAAAGGUUUUCGCAAAGCCGCAUGGAAAGUCCUCCAGGACGUCGCUGAUUUAGACGCUACACUCUGGUUGCUUCGCAAAGAUAUUUAUGAGGUAGGAAAAAUCGAUGUUCCUGAUCCCACGUUUAUCACAUCACCAUGGUUCGAUGUUACUGGUUGUCUAAGUGUUUGGCAGACCAGCCAACAUCUCAGCUGUCACUACGAACAGAACACGUCUGAAUUCCUUAGGAUUGCUCCUCUUAAGGUGGAAACGCUUAGUUUAAAGCCGCAUAUUGUUUUAUAUCAUGACGUAAUCUAUGACAGCGAGAUCUCAAAAGUUAAAAAUAUUUCACUGCCUUCACUAAAGAGUCCUUUGCGAAUUAUCGAUGCUGUUGACUAUAACCUAAAGCUUGCUCAAAUUCGCGAGGAUCACCAGAGCCCUCUAAGCCUGCGAAUUAAGGAUAUGACAGGAGAGGACGUGAAAGAGGACACGGAUUUUCAAAUAGAUAACUACGGUAUCUGCGGGUUUAGAAAUUUCCAUACUGAUAAUAUAGAAAUGCAGGAUCAAACGGCGGAACUGGGCGAUCGCUUAACGAGCAUAAUGUUUUUUAUGAACGAUGUAGUUCAAGGUGGUGCCUUCGCUUUUCCGAACUUAAAUCUCACAAUUUGGCCCCAAAAGGGCAGCGCUUUGGUUUGGAGAAACCUGGAUCAUAGAAUGCAGCCUAACAAAGAUCUUUUGCAUGUAUCAUGUCCUGUGGUAGUGGGCUCAAAAUGGACCCUCAUGAAAUGGUUACACGAAAGACCUCAAAUGUUCUCCAGACCUUGUACAACAGGGAGGAAAUUUAAAUCGCAUGACGAAAGCAUGAAAUUAAAAGCGUUAAAUAAAUAAUUUUAAUGACUUAA